CGUCCCGGUGCGCCACACACGGCGCUGGGUUCGGGGCGGCGCCGUGAGUCCGUGCAGCGCCCGGUUCUGCUGCUGCGGCCGAUGCGGGGCCCCGCGCUGCCCACGGAGCGGUGCGGGACCGGGGGGGGCCCGUGGGGUGACGGCCAACCCCCCCCCCCUCCAGGCGCAGGAAUCCGGCUGGGGUAAACAAGAGCCGCCGUCCCCACACCGCAGACUGAGGAUCCUCUGCCCCACGCAUGAAUUCCUGCCCAGCCCAGUGGGAUCAGCGCUGGCACCAGGAACACGCCAUGGAGCCCAGCUUGGAGGGCGCCUGAGGCCACCAGGAUGGGGUGGGGGGACACGGAGCCCCCCAACGUGAGCCUGGCCAGCCACCCCCACACCUGCUUUGGGGUGGUGAACCUCAGCCUCAGCCUCAACGUGACGCAGCCCAAAGCCAUCGCGUCGCCGUGGUUCUCCACGGCCUUCGGCCUCAUCGGGCUCUGCUCCAACCUCUUCGCCCUCUACGUCCUGCUCAGCUCCUCCCGUCAGCUCAGCAGCCGUUCACGCUCCUCCUUCCUGGUCUUCCUCUGUGGGCUGGUGGUGACAGACUUCAUGGGGCUGCUGGUGACGGCCGCCGUCAUCAUCCCGUACCACUUCACCAAGUUCAACUGGGCCCAGGUGGAUCCCGGCUGCCACCUCUGCAACUUCCUCGGCUUCUCCAUGGUGUUCUUCGGGCAGUGCCCGCUGCUCCUGGGGGCCACCAUGGCCGGGGAGAGGUUCGUGGGCAUCAACCGUCCCUUCUCUCGCUCCACGUCGGUGUCCAAGCGCCGCGCGUGGGCCGUGGUGGCUGCGGUGUGGGGCUUCUCCUGCGCUCUGGGGCUGCUGCCGGUGCUGGGUUUGGGGCGCUACACGCUGCAGUUCCCCGGCUCCUGGUGCUUCCUCACCCUCCUGCCCGACGCCGGCAACGUCGUGUUCUGCCUCCUGUUCGCGCUGCUGGGCGUCUGCUCCGUGCUGCUCUCCUUCGUCUUCAACACGGUCAGCGUGGUCACUCUGUGCCGCGUCUACCACGACCGCGAGUCGGUGCAGCGCCGGCGCGACAGCGAAGUGGAGAUGAUGGUGCAGCUGGUGGGAAUCAUGGUCAUCGCCACCAUCUGCUGGAUGCCGCUGCUGAUCUUCAUCAUCCAGACCUCCCUCCAGCAGCUGCGGACAGGUGCCCCCCUCCACAUGCUGCCGGGACAGACGCAGCAGCUGCUGCUCAUCUACAUCCGAAUGGUCACCUGGAACCAGAUCCUGGACCCCUGGGUUUACAUCCUGUUCCGCCGUGCGGUGCUGCAGCGCCUGCACCCGGGGCUGCGCGCGCGGCCCUCCCUGCUGUCCCUCUACCCCGUCCUCAACCCCUCCCUGCGCCGCAAGCUCACCCAGGAGGGGCGGCUGCAAUAGUGGGACCCCCCCCUUUCCUCCCCUCCCUUUGAUUCUGGAGGUUUUGUUCUGUUUUGGGUUUUAUUAUUAUUAUUUUUCACCUUGCAGCUGCAGGAGCUGAGUGCAGCGGGGGGGGAUGGGGGACCUGAUGGGGUGGGCAUGGAGGUGUGUUCCCCCCCCCACCUCCUUCCCCAUCCUGCUCUGUGAGCCCCCAAUAAAGCACAGCUUGUGCA